AUGAAUCCAACAAAGUUGGAAACUGACAGUAUCAUUGGUAAGCCUAAACAGGCAAUCCCCCCACCGCCACUUCCAAGAUUCUGGGCAAGGAAGACUACUGCCGACAGUAUAACAAACCGAGAGAUUGCCAAGUUCUGGAGGCAGAAGCGCAUUGAAGAAGAGGAUCACCUACUGGCUGCCAUCAAGGCUGCAGCACGCAUCAGGGCCCGCAAUCUGAGGAAGACUGUUAAGUGUUUUGAAGAGUCACUGAGCAAUGAAGAUAACAACGCUAAGGAGAAGAUCACAGCCCCAACCAACAACGGAAAAGGAGAUAAAAAAAAUAAUGAAAUUCGUGUGGGAAUAAAGGACUGGUGGACAAAGAGCAAGUAUGCGUACUUAAACCAACCAGCUGUUGAAUCCAUGGGCGAUCCAAGCGAGGAGCAUCCACUUAUUUUCCAAUUUUUUUAA